AGGCAGGGAGAGGGAAGCGAGGAGAGAGGUGAGGCGCUGGAAGGGGUGGGGACCGCUGGGCUGGCCCAGGCGGGACGGGGCACGGUGUGAGUGUGCGCGCGCGUGUGCGCCGCGUUGAAAUGCCCAGCACGUCGGGGCAGCAGGACAGAGCCCAGGGCGUGCGCGGAGCCUCCCAGUGUCCCACUCCUGCGGCUGCAGCCAUGACGGAGAACUCGGACAAAGUGCCCAUCGCCCUGGUGGGGCCCGACGACGUCGAGUUUUGCAGCCCCCCGGCGUACGCUACUGUGUCCGUGAAGCCCUCCAGCCCCGCGCGGCUGCUCAAGGUAGGAGCUGUGGUCCUCAUUUCGGGGGCGGUGCUGCUGCUCUUCGGAGCCAUCGGGGCCUUCUACUUCUGGAAGGGGAGCGACAAUCACAUUUACAAUGUCCAUUACACCGUGAGUAUCAAUGGGAAAUUACAAGAUGGGUCAAUGGAAAUAGAUGCGGGGAACAACUUGGAGACCUUUACAAUGGGAAGCGGAGCUGAAGAAGCAAUUGAAGUUAAUGAUUUCCAGAACGGCAUCACAGGAAUCCGUUUUGCUGGAGGGGAGAAGUGCUACAUCAAAGCGCAGGUGAAGGCUCGUGUUCCUGAGGUGGGCACCGUGGCCAAGCAGAGCAUCUCCUCUGAGCUGGAAGGCAAGAUCAUGCCAGUCAAAUACGAAGAAAAUUCUCUUAUCUGGGUGGCUGUAGACCAGCCUGUGAAGGACAACAGCUUCUUGAGUUCUAAAGUCUUAGAACUCUGCGGUCACCUUCCUAUUUUCUGGCUUAAACCAACCUAUCCAAAAGGACGGACAGAAAUCCAGAGAGGAAAAAGAGAAUUGGAAAGAAAAAUUGUUACGACGACCACAAGAAGACUGCGCAGUGGACCACGGGGCAACCCAGGCGCUGGAAGACCGAAUAACGAAACCAGACCCGGCGUUCAGGAGGAUUCAGGCCCCUUCAAUCCGGACAACCCUUACCACCAGCAGGAAGGGGAAAGCAUGACAUUCGACCCUAGGCUGGAUCAUGAAGGAAUCUGCUGUAUAGAAUGUAGGCGGAGCUACACCCACUGCCAGAAGAUCUGUGAGCCCCUGGGCGGUUACUAUCCGUGGCCUUACAAUUAUCAAGGUUGCCGUUCCGCCUGCAGAGUUGUCAUGCCUUGUAGCUGGUGGGUGGCCCGCAUCUUGGGCAUGGUGUGAAAUCACUUCGUAUACCAAGGGCUGUAAAGUAAGAAUUAACUCCAGAGACAACCAAAGUUUGAGGCUUCUUGUUGCUGAAGGGACCACAAAGUACUUUUUACUCCAUCUGAGGAAUGUUAUUCGAGACACUUAGAAUAUUUUUCAACUGCUUUACAGAACUUAAUCCAGAAUUGCAAAUGGAUUGAAAGGGUAGUUUAAGUCUAAAAUAUCAUAAUUCUUAUUACUUGCUAUUUUUUUUAUCUGCUUUUCUUUGCCAGUAAGUCCUGCUUAUAAGACUCAUUUACCAAGCUAUUUUGAAAUAACCAUGAAAAAUUACAAUUUGUCAAAGAUCUCGGCUGUAUACUUGAGUUCCUUUUAAUCAAGUCACUAACACAAUUAAGUUGUUUUCUGUUGUUCUUUGUACAGAAUUCCUGUUGUUCUGAACCUUUAUUGUUCUUUCCCUUUCUUGCAAAUGUGCUCCCAGUUUCCAG